CAGCAGCCCCUCCUCUCUGCCCUCGGUCUCCAGUUCUCCAGUGCUCACAGGUCAGCUCACCAACAGCCACUGCUCACAAUGGAGGCCAUCAAGAAAAAGAUGCAGAUGUUGAAGCUGGACAAGGAGAAUGCUCUGGACCGGGCAGAACAAGCCGAGGCUGAGCAGAAGCAGGCGGAAGAGAGGAGUAAGCAGCUGGAGGACGAGCUGGCGGCCAUGCAGAAGAAGCUGAAAGGGACGGAGGACGAGCUGGACAAGUAUUCUGAAGCGCUGAAGGACGCCCAGGAGAAGCUGGAGCUGGCGGAGAAGAAGGCCGCUGACGCCGAGGCUGAGGUGGCCUCCUUGAACCGCAGGAUCCAGCUGGUUGAGGAGGAGCUGGACCGCGCCCAGGAGCGCCUGGCCACUGCCCUGCAAAAGCUGGAGGAAGCGGAGAAAGCUGCUGAUGAGAGUGAGAGAGGUAUGAAGGUUAUUGAGAACCGAGCCUUAAAGGAUGAAGAAAAGAUGGAACUCCAGGAAAUCCAACUCAAGGAGGCCAAGCACAUUGCAGAAGAGGCAGAUAGGAAGUAUGAAGAGGUGGCUCGGAAGUUGGUGAUCAUUGAGGGGGACUUGGAACGCACAGAGGAGCGAGCUGAGCUGGCAGAGUCUAAGUGUUCUGAGCUGGAGGAGGAGCUGAAGAAUGUCACCAACAACCUCAAGUCUCUUGAGGCUCAGGCGGAGAAGUACUCGCAAAAGGAGGACAAAUACGAGGAAGAGAUAAAGAUUCUCACAGAUAAACUCAAGGAGGCAGAGACCCGUGCUGAGUUUGCUGAGCGAUCGGUAGCGAAGCUGGAGAAGACAAUUGAUGAUUUGGAAGAUGAGCUCUAUGCCCAGAAACUGAAGUACAAGGCCAUUAGCGAGGAGCUGGACCACGCCCUCAAUGACAUGACCUCUAUAUAAGCUGAAAUGCACCAAAGAGGAGCAUCUGUGCACACAGAGGAUGCUGGACCAGACUCUGCUGGACCUGAACGAGAUGUAGACCCGCCAUCCCGCCCGCCGCUGCUCCUCCCUCUGCCCCGACUCCGCCUGAGGCCGGCCUGCCCGAAGCCGGCCUUGCAACUGAGGGCUGAUCUUUAACUGGAAGGCUGCUUUCUCCUCUUGCCGCCUCUCCCACCCCGUCCCCUGUGUCUUUUUCGCCAAACUGUCUCUGCCUCUCCCUAGAGAUUCCAGCUGGGCUUGAGGCUGAGCACCUUUGGGAACAAUGUUGAAGGGAAUGUGAGCACAAUGCAAAGUGUCUUUAAAAGCAUGUUGUGAUGUACACAUUUU